AUACUCUAUGAAAAAAAAAAGAGGCGAACAUGCGAUUAUGUGGCGUGAAGUAAAUUUAAUUAAUGUAUUAUCCAUCUACCAAAGUAACGAUUUGUUUAAGAAUGAGUAAUAAGUUAUUUGAAAUACAGUUUAUACAUUCCAGCUUGUGUUAUUUUAUUCCAUUGCUUUUAUCAGAAGUGAGAGUACCUACGAACACGAUGUCAUUACCUACAUUAAAGUCGAUCUACAGAAAGAAAAUGUAACGGCAUUUAAAUGAAGUGUGAAUUUGGGAAACAGUGGUUUACAUUACGAGAAAUGCGAUAAAAAUCAUACGUGUGUACAACCAUUAAGUAUGUAUACCACUGACGGCUAUGGGACGCACGCCGCACUGGUCCCGGUAAAAGUAUUUAUGCGAUGUCGGUUGUCGAUGCUUACAAUAUCUAACAAGAAUGAAGAAACGUAAACGUAACACACUUAUACCAUGUUGACGAUAUUUAUGAGCAAAACAGUCAAACAGUCCAACAGCACUCAUAAGAGGAUAUUAUUUGAAAAACUGCGAGAGAACAGAGAAGAACGUGUAAAUUAAUAACAAAAUACAAAGAUGCAUGUGUGGUGUUAGCUGCAGAGUUAUAUGAGAUGGAAUCCUGUUGGUUUGACGGAUGAGAAAUACCAAUGAUGUCUAAAUAUAUUAAACUAGGUGUCUGAAGCUGUAUAGCAGAUCUAGAAGAAUGUCGUCAUCCUACAGUGAUGAAGGAAAUGUGCGCCGAGUGUGGCGCCGAUUUGCGAGCAGAAGAAGUACAGAAACACGACGUGGCCGUCGUACCAAUGGUACACUCUGUACCUGAAUUAAAGGUAUCUGAAGAAUUGGCUCAGAAGUUGGGGAGAGAGGAUGCGGACAGACUUCUGAAGAAUCGCAAGCUGGUGUUACUUGUGGACCUCGAUCAGACCCUGGUGCACACCACUAAUGACAAUAUACCUCCCAACUUGAAGGGUGUCCUGCAUUUCUUUCUAAGAGGUCCAGGCAACCAAGGCAGAUGGUGUCACACAAGACUGCGACCCAAGACUGAAGAGUUUCUUGAAUCAGCUUCAAAGAACUAUGAGUUGCAUGUAUGCACGUUUGGUGCGAGGCAAUAUGCACAUGCAAUUGCUGAAUUAUUGGAUCCUCAGAAGAAGUACUUCUCGCACAGAAUAUUAUCUAGGGAUGAGUGUUUCGAUGCUAGAACAAAAUCUGCUAACUUGAAAGCCUUAUUUCCCUGUGGUGACAACAUGGUGUGCAUAAUAGACGACAGAGAAGAUGUAUGGAGGCACGCGUCAAAUCUUAUACACGUCCGGCCGUAUUCAUUCUUCCAGUCCACAGGGGACAUCAAUGCACCUCCGCCUUUGCCCGAAGAAAAACCCAAACUGGCGAGUGGCAAGAAUGGUUCCCAGUUACCAAUAAGUAAACAAAUGCCUAAUUUAGAUGCUGAACCCGAAAAAGAUAGCAAAGAUAUAAAAGAUAAAGAACAAAUUGAUGAAAAAGAUAAACCUGUGGAGGGUGAAAAUGGGAGAAUUGUCAGUGAAAAGCCGGAAGUGAUAGAUGACAAAAGUGAAAGUGAAAUGGACAAGAGUGUGGAACCGCCCUGUGUUUGGGUCAACACUUCUGACGGGCAAAUAGAAAUGGAAGACGCUGAUGACUAUUUAAUAUAUUUGGAGGAUAUAUUAAAAAGGAUACAUAAACAAUUUUAUGACAUAUAUGACAGUAUGGGCCAACACCCAAUACCAGAUCUCAAGUUCAUAAUACCUGAUGUGAAGAGUAAGGUGUUGGGAGGCUCUAGCCUGGUGUUCAGCGGGCUGGUGCCCACGCACCAGAGGCUCGAGACCUCCAGGGCUUACCAGGUGGCCAAGAGUCUGGGGGCGGAGGUCACUCAGGACUUCACUGAGAAGACCACACACCUGGUUGCAGUGCGAUCAGGCACAGCGAAAGUGAACGCGAGCAGAAAGAUGGGUGACGGCAAAGGCAAAGUACACGUGGUGACGCCCGACUGGCUGUGGAGCUGUGCCGAGCGCUGGGAGCGAGUGGACGAGCGGCUCUACCCUCUGCAGAGAGGCGGACAGAGCAGCGCGCGUCGGCCCCCCGCGCACUGCAGCAGCCCCCCGCCGCCCCCCACGCGCCGACGCACCCCCUCCGGCCGCUUCAUGGACUCGCUCAACCCGCUGCUGUCCUUCUCAAGCGACGAUAUCGCUGACAUGGACCGAGAGGUGGAGGAUAUUUUUAAUGAAUCGGAUGAAAGUUCGUCGGACGAUGAAAAGAAAACAACAGAUGACGUUGACGAUGAAGAGAAUAUAUCCGAAGACAGGUUACUGGCCCUGGAAACGAAUCGCAGUUCACAGGACAGAUUAAUGGAAGAUAAAGAGGACAAUGAUUCGAGUGAUUCCAAUACAGAAGAUGGUCAGAGGCCGAGGAAGAGGCCUAGGCCUUCAACACCUCCCUCCGACGAUGAUGUCCCACCAGAUGACGACGAUAGCUCGUGGAACCUCAUGGGAGCUGCGCUUGAAAGAGAGUUCCUUGCACAGGAUUGAUGCAAAGAUACCAUCCCGUUGUACAAAAUACCUUUUGUGUUAAUAAAAUGUUUUAUAAAACAUU